CAACGUCAAUGUUUUGGGCAGGCGUUGGCAGGGGAACCAAAGUCCAUUACUUAAUAUCUUACCUAAUCCACCCAAACAGCAAACCCGCCGGGUUUCACUUGCUUUCCCUCCCCGCUACAAACUAACCAACUAACGACAGACAGGCAACUUGCUAGACCAACCAACAAUAAUAAGCAGAAACAUCCCUCACUUGUCUUGUCUUGUCUCCUUAUCUCUUGUCUCUGCCCGGCAGUUCUCUGACAUCCCUCUAUACUCAACCAACUACCACCUCGUUUUGUUCGUCUAUCUCGUUGACCGACCAUACCUUUUGUUUACCUGCCCCUCUCCACUUAAGACUCGCCUACCCUUAACAAACAACAACCGUCAACAUGGAUAGAAUCAAGGAGAAAAUGAACACCCUCCGCCUGGAGGCCGACGAUGCCCACGCCAAGGUCGAAGAGCUACAGGCUAAAGUCAAGGCUCUCGAGCAGGAGAAUCUGGCAAAGGAACAGGAAAUCAAAUCUCUCACACAUCGAAACCAGCUGCUGGAGAGCGACAUCGAGAAGCUCGAGGUCGAUCUUAAAGAAGCUAAGGCUUCCGCCUCCGAGAACGCCCAGCAUGGUACACAGAAUGAGUCUAUGCAAAGACGUCUGCAGCUCCUCGAGGAGGAGGCCGAGGAGACUGAUAAGACCCUCCGUGAGACGAAUGAGAAGCUCCGCCAAACCGAUGUUAAGGCCGGACACUACGAGCGCAAAGUCCAGGCGCUCGAGACUUCCCGUGACCAAUGGGAGGCCAAGUAUGAGGAAAUGGCCCAGAAGUACGAGAAUUUGCAGAAGGAGCUACGGGAGCUGGAGACUGCCAUGGGCAAUGUGUAGAUGAUGGGGGUAGGGAGCGUGGUGUAUACAAAUAUAUUCUUCAACAAGCUUGUCUCUUUCUUCUUAGUCUCGCCUCGUGUCACUUCUCUCCAUAUGUGAUUGCGAUCUCGUGCUUCUAGCCACUGCUUGAACUGUUAAAGGAAGACAGAAAACCGCCAAAUAACAUGUCACUGUUCUGACCUUGAAGCUACUGUCAUGUGUCAUGUGCUUUUCUUUUCUUUUCUUCUUUUUUUCCCCCCUACUAUCCUCUUUUAUAUUUAUUUCCCCAAAUUUGUCCACGUAUGAUUUAUCUUUCCCGACUGCGGUACAUAGAGCCUUUAAUGAGAUUCGAUUCAUUGUUGCCCAUGGCAACUGUUCCAUAUGUUCUGUUUAUCAGGUUCGUAGAGUCGUGGCCGUAAUCAUUCGUAUCUGUUGCAAUGAUGUAUCUCAUUUGAUCAAAUCGAAUGAAUAACUCCAUACGUCUCGUCGGGAAUGAAUCUAUGUCGCCACCCUCCUCUCCCUCGCCCGCUUCUUGCCCCCAGCCCGCUCCUUGAACUUCGUAACCCUCCGCUCGGCCUUAUUCUCAUACCGGAAACUCCUCUUCUUCCUCUUCGAAUUACUCUUCGACCGACCCGACGCAUUAUCACCAUUCUUAUCAGUAUCCUUGUUUUUACUCUUAUACUUCGGGUUCUCCUUGGUCCAUACUCGCUUUUUCGGUUUUGAUGUAUCCUCACCACCCUCUCGUCCUUCAUGUUCCGCCUUGUUCUUGUUCUUUUUCUCUUCCCCAUCAUCUUCACUGUCGUCUUCGUCGUCGUCACUCUCCACACCAACUCUCCUCCUCAGCCCGUCCCGCGAAGAAGAAUCCAACUCCUCCACCGUAACAGUCGUAUAUUUAUCCUCGUCGAUAUAUUCCGCCUCAUAGUCGACCGGCGGUGGCUCGGCGAUUUCCUCCCACUCCUCAUCCGUACUAUUAUCAUUCUCCCCAUCUUCAUCCUCAUCGGAACCGCUCUCCCCCGCCGCCGCACGGCUUAUCUCCCGCAUCAGCGUUCUGUUUUGCUCAAGGGCUCGUUCGAAUUCUGCGCGGCGCUCGUCUCGUAUCUUUUUUACCCCAUUAAAUAGGAUUGGUUAAUGAAUUUAACAAUGGAAACACAGCACCUCAAAUGGAUUUCUCUUCUUUUCUUUCCCGGAAAAUUGUAUAUAUAUCUUUUUGAAAUUCAACCAGAAGAAGAGAAACUACUAACCCGCCGCCUCUGCUCCCUCUUCUCCUCCUUCGCUCUCUUCUCCGCAUUCUCCUGUGCCUGCUUGGCGCGCUGUACCUUGCGCUUAUGGAAACCCGUCAAGUACUCCGCCCGCGCACUGGGAUCGAAGAGGAUCUCUGGAACGGCGUUGGGGUGGGAGGAGGUCAGUUUGCGUUUUUUGGGGUAAGGCGCCAUAUUUUCUAUCUUCCUAGCGCUCUGGUUCUGUUUGCGGGUUGAUUUAACUAUUUAUUUAUUUGGUUGUUUUCUUCUUGGUGCUGGUUUCGCUUGCGAGGAUCGGGGUAUUGAUUAAUUGAUUAAGUAGGGGUUAGUGAAGUGUUAGGGGAAAGAUUGUACAGUAUUUGCUUCGAUGAUUCCUUUUAUUUAGAUAAAAAAACAAGAAUUAUCAGAGCUUCAAGUUUAAGCGGGCAUCAGUGCCAAGGAAUGAAUUUGCCAAGCCUUCGAUCCACAUCAAGCCUAGCGCUAUCAACCGGCAGUCCUUCUCCAACGACCUAUAUA